AUGCCACUUUCCAAGAAGUCUCAGAUGCUGAUUCCCGAGCCGACUCACAAAAUUCUAGAGGACUUGAAUCUCCCCUCCGAUUUUUUGUCCUCGGAUUCUUCCCUCAGUGACCCGCCGAGCGAUUUUGAGUUGGACGACAGGACCCAGUCGUGUCCCCCGGUUAACCAGUCGCCCUCCAAAUUGACCUGUUCACUGUCUUCGGAGUCUUCUCUGGACCCGUCCAUCCCCGAGAAAACCCCCAAGAAGAGAAGCACGGCCGUGAUACAUUCUGAGUCGCCAGUGCCCCCGCCGCCCAAGCUACCCAAACGAAUCAUGUCUUCCAUUUCCCCCAUUGACGCCCCAUUUUUUGGUUUAAUCCAAGAACAAUUAGCCCAUGACCCAUUUCAGCUAUUGAUUGCGACCAUUUUUUUGAAUCGAACGCGCGGUGCGGUUGCCCUGCCGGUCUUGUUCACGAUCCUUGAAAGAUAUCCAACUAUCGACGCCAUGGCCGCGGCCGACUUGACGGAAUUUGUCGCUAUGAUCCAUUGUUUGGGUUUCCAGAACCAGCGUGCCAAGAAGUGUAUUGCAAUCGCUCGAAUCUGGCAGACCAACCCCCCGGUCCUUGGUAAACGGUACCGCAAACUCCACUAUCCGCGAAAGCUAGAUGGUCGAGAUGUUCCUGCUGGGGAGUCCAUUGAUGAUGAAGAUCACCGCACUGCCUGGGAGAUCGCGCAUUUACCUGGAGUGGGUGCAUAUUCCCUGGACAGUUGGCGCAUCUUUUGCAGAGAUGAGUUACGGGGACUGACCACCGAUUGGAAAGGAACAGGGGCUACAGUUCGAGGCUUUGUUCCGGAAUGGAAAUCCGUUCUUCCCGAGGAUAAGGAGCUGCGCGCCUAUCUGACCUGGAUGUGGCUCAAGGAAGGCUGGAUCUGGGACUGCCACACCGGCGAUCUGACCCCUGCGGGAGCUAAGACGCUCCGAGCGGCCCAGAAUGAGGGCAUUGCCCAUGAGCAAAAUGGUAACUGGGUAUUGGGGACAUCCCCUAUGAAGAAAGCGCCUAAUGGUUUGCAUACAAUGGACUAG